GGACGGGCGGCGCUCUAGGCGGCUCGGGGGGCGCUUGAUGGCCCCGCGGCGGCGCCGGGACGGGCUGGCGGGCGUCGCGGCGUGGCCCCGGUGAGCAGCCGGCGGAAGGCCGGGCGGGCCCCGCGCCAUGGAGCCCGAGACGCUGGAGGCGCGCAUCAACAAAGCAACAAGCCCUCUGAACAAGGACCUGGACUGGGAUGGCAUCAAUGCUUUCUGUGAGCAGCUCAAUAAGGAACUGGAGGGUCCUCCACUUGCUACCCGGCUUCUUGCCCACAAGAUCCAGUCUCCGCAAGAAUGGGAAGCUAUCCAGGCCCUCACGGUGCUGGAGUCCUGCAUGAAGAGUUGUGGCAAGCGCUUCCAUGACGAGGUGGGCAAGUUCCGGUUCCUCAAUGAACUCAUCAAAGUGGUGUCACCCAAGUAUCUUGGCAGCCGGACAUCAGAAAAAGUGAAGUCAAAGAUCCUGGAGCUGAUGUACAGCUGGACAUUAGGGCUGCCUCACGAGGUAAAGAUCUCGGAGGCCUACCAGAUGCUGAAGAAACAAGGGAUUGUGAAAUGUGACCCCAAACUGCCUGACGACGCUCCUUUUCCACCUCCUCCUCCUCGGCCCAAGAACAUAAUCUUUGAUGAUGAAGAGAAAUCCAAGACACUGGCUCGUCUCCUGAAAAGUUCCCAUCCAGAGGACCUCCGGGCAGCCAACAAGCUCAUCAAGGAGAUGGUUCAAGAGGACCAGAAGCGCAUGGAGAAAAUCUCCAAAAGAGUGAAUGCCAUAGAGGAGGUGAACAACAAUGUGAAGCUGCUGACAGAGAUGCUGACAAACUACAGCAAGGGGGAGACAACGGAGAGCAAUGAGGACCUAAUGAAGGAGCUGUAUCAGCGCUGUGAGCGCAUGAGGCCCAUGCUUUUCCGGCUCGCCAGUGACACAGAAGACAAUGAUGAAGCUCUAGCGGAGAUCCUGCAGGCCAAUGACAAUCUGACACAGGUGAUCAAUCUCUACAAGCAGCUUGUGCGGGGAGAAGAGAUCAAUGGGGAGGCAGUGGCCGGUCCGCUUCGAGGCAGCACCUCAGCACUUCUGGAUCUGUCAGGCCUGGAUCUUCCAGCAACAGGCCCCUCCUACCCAGCUUUGCCCACCCUUUCACGUGGCUCAGCAGUCCCUGUGCCUGACCAGGCUGGUUCUGUCUCCUUGCUGGAUGAUGAACUCAUGUCUCUGGGCCUGAAUGAUCCAGCACCGCAUCCUGCCCAGGCUGCUGACAGCAGUGGCUGGAACAGCUUCCAGUUGUCAGAUAGCAAUGAGCUCAGCACCACCCCUGUCAUGGCAACGCCACCAGUCAAAACAGAUGUUGGCACAUCGUCCCCCAAACCUUCUAAUACCACCAGCGGCCUGGAUGACCUAGACCUCCUGGGCAAGACACUGCUGCAACAGUCUUUGCCUCCAGAGUCUCAACAAGUGCGAUGGGAGAAGCAGCAGGCACUCCCCCGGCUCACCCUGAGGGAUCUCCAGAACAGGAGCAGUACUGGCACCACAGCCCACAAUCCCAGCACUCUGCCCGUGCUCCAGAGUGUUUCCCCUAACACCACACUGCCCCUGAACUCAGAGCUGCCUGCUCCUUCUACACUUCCAAAAGCUGCCACCACACCAGCAGGAAGUACCACAGUCCCACCACGGCCUCCUGCCACCGUGCUGCCCCAGGAGAUCUCGCUGGCCAACAUCACUGUGCCUCUGGAGUCAAUCAAACCCAGCAGCAUCCUCCCUGUGACAGUGUAUGAUCAGCAUGGCUUCCGUGUCCUCUUCCACUUUGCUAAGGAUGCCCUGCCCGAGAGGCCUGAUGUGCUUGUGGUGGUGAUUUCUAUGCUUAGCACAGCCCCGCAGCCCAUCCGCAACAUUGUCUUUCAGUCCGCUGUCCCCAAGGUGAUGAAGGUGAAGCUACAGCCUCCCUCAGGCACAGAGCUCCCAGCAUUCAACCCCAUUGUCCAUCCCAGUGCCAUCACGCAAGUCCUGCUGCUCGCUAACCCACAGAAGGAGAAAGUGAGGCUACGAUACAAGCUGACCUUCACCAUGGGAGAGCAAACUUUCAAUGAAAUGGGGGAUGUGGACCAGUUCCCCCCACCAGAGUCCUGGGGAAACCUCUAGGGCCGCACAUUGCAGGCACUACACCACAGAGUCCUUGGGAAGUCGGCCCUGCAAGGCGGGCUGAGGAGAUGGGGAGGGCGGGUUGGGGGCUGCUGCUCACACUCCAUUCUCCAGAUGGCCAGGUGAGGGCCACAGGGAGCAUGCCUCGAGGAGGAGAGCAGAGAUGCCAGAUUUUCAUCCCACAAGACUAGGAGUGGAGUGAAAAGCUUUGCGUGGGUGAACGGUUGCCUUCCUUGCUCUUCCGAAGGUGUCGCUCCCUCCCUAGUCUGUCCAGAUUCUCUUCUAACCGUGCUUUCCCCCUGGGUGCAAUGGGGAAGAAGGAUGAGGAGCUUAACAGCCUCAGCCUGGGGCAAGGCCUAGCAAAGGAAAGAUCCUUUUCCUUGCCUGUCCCCUCUGCGCUUCCUGGCCCUUUAGCUGCUUUGUGCUCUGCGGUGCUCCGUCUUGUCCCCCUUACCCCCCUCCACGGAGCUGUGCCCAGCGGUUCCCUGUGUGGUGAGAUUGCACUGGAACUGAUGCAGAACAAAGCUGGACAGAGACUGGGUGUCUCUCCAGUAUCAGAAGGCGGGCAGCUGCCCCCACUUUCCAGGGGUCAGAGGGAGUGAUCUUCCCAUAUCCCCCUCCUUCCAGCUGCUUACUGAGCUGCUGGUGGGAAGUGGGCGCUGGGGUGGGAGCCUGGAAGCUGGAAAGGGAUUGCUCUGUGCCUUCCCAUCCCCUUCAGCUGGAUCUCCUGGGCACUGAACCUCUGCAGUAAGGAAGCCCACACCCUUUGCAUGUGCUUUAUCUACCACAGAAAGCAUUGGAGACCUCUGCCGGACUUUGUGCUGCGUGACAGGGGUGUGCUGGAGGGUGGGGGCUGAGUCUCCCUGCAGCCUCCUGCCCAACAGGGAGAGGAAGCAGGAUAUGGUCUUCCUACACUGGCUGGGCUGGAGAGUGUAGGGGACAGCGGCAGGGUCAGUUCUUCAAUGUCUUCUCAUUGUGAGAUAGGUGAUGGGCUGGGAGUCGAGGAGAGACUGGAGCCCAGCCCAUCAGCAGAGGACAUGGCUAAGCUCUGCACUGGUAGGGUAUAGGGGGGUACAGCUGUGCCUUGCGCACCUUCGCCCGCAGCCGUGGGCAGGCUUGGCUCCCUGCGGCAGGGAGGGGGCUCGCCUCAGCUGCCUGAUCACUGUGACACAAGAGCAGGGAUCUGCAGGCAAGGAGGAGACCAGGGGGUGGCAGGGGACAAGCAAUGCCCAUCCCCAUGGGACUCGCAACCAUAGGAGCCGCUUCCCAUCCCUAAGCUGGUUUAACCAGGGCCCGAUGUUAAAAACGGGCAAGCUGUGCCCUGCGUUGGCUUGCCAAAGGUUGAGGGAGGCCUGUGUGAGAUAGAAGUGAGCUGGGUGCCUCGUGCUUUUUUGGCUUGGGGGCAGUGAAGGUGAGGUGUCUUGGAGUUGGGUGCAGCAAGUGGUAGAAGAGAAGGGAAGCAAGGUCCUUAUGCUGGGGUUCUGCUGUGUCUUACUUCCCUUUCUGGUCUUUUCAGGGUUUUGUAUGGGUUUUUUCUUUGCAGAUCUUGUUUGGUUCUUGAACAGACUUGUAUAUAUUUUCAGUGCAGAAUUCUGUAAAUGAAAGAAAACAAACAAACGAACAGAUUUAAAAUGAAACGCCCGGUGCGAAGAAUCUGCUGUAUUUAUGGGAAAUAAAGACUUCUUUCCUCA